GCUACACUGCGCAUGCGUCAUACCCCACACCACAAGACCGUGACCUAGCCUCCUUUAAUAGGCCUUCAGCCACAGCUGAUGCUGGCCAACCCUUUAGCUGCGAACCGCUACGGAACUUAGCAACCAGCUAGCGGUGUAGCACCGUUACAAUGUGUGCGAGCUGUUAGCUGAAUGUGUGCCUGUGUUUAGAGUUCAGUAAAGGUGUGUUGAGGACUUUAGACGGGUCAUGUAAACGUGCUGCUACACUAAACCGGCGUUUAGUUGAGUAGUUCCCUCGUAGUUGAGUGCUGCUCCCGUUAGCUGACUAGUAGUGACAGUAGAGGAUCAGAGGAGUGUCACGUUAACCGGGGCUAACUGUUAGCUAGCUGGUUAGCUACAACACAACCUAGCUGGCUAGUUAGCUCUAUUGUUUUGUUAACUACUUUCAGUCUGGCUCGACUGCUGUUUUUUUCAAGUGGUAGCAACGUAACCACGCUAGCAGCCCUGGAUGAAAGCUGGACCUGAGCCUUGGGCUGUCUAUGAUGUUCAGAGCUUUUUCCUUGCAUCACCAGACCCCUUCUGGUCUAUUUAACUAGACAUUGUUACUCUCAAAACCAAUCCCACAUCUCUGCUUGGCAACAGUAUGAUCAUUCACGCUGACCCCACCCAGCCCACUGGGACAAGAAUACCCCGAAACCAAGCUCUCCAAAUGAUAUGAUAGUAGCCACCUGGAUCACUUUUUGUGCUUGCAGGAGCCUUGCACGGGUUCUGCUCUUCCUUUCCUCCUCAAACUCCCUUCCUCCAUUCUGGGAGACCUUUGCCAGUGUGGUCUCUGGCACUGGAACCAUGGGUAACAGCUGUGUGUGCCGGGAGGAUAGUGACUUGGAGGAUCACCACCAUGGGACGUCGAGGGCAACCCGAGGACAAGCUAGGCGGGUGGAUCACGGUACAGGAGGUGUAGGUGUUGAUGCCGGAGAGGCGCGGAGCAGUCGACCCAGGGACCCAGUCAGGCCGCCACGCCGAGGGCGAGGGCCCCAUGAGCCAAGACGAAAGAAGCAGAAUGUGGAUGGCCUGGUGCUGGACACAUUGGCUGUCAUCAGGACACUAGUGGACAAUGACCAAGAGCCCCCUUACUCCAUGAUCACUUUGCACGAGAUGGCAGAGACGGAUGACGGUUGGCUGGAGGUUGUCCAGUCUCUGAUUCGAGUGAUCCCAUUGGACGAUCCGCUUGGCCCUGCAGUGAUAACCCUUCUAUUGGAUGAGUGUCCCCUGCCCACCAAGGAUGCUCUCCAGAAACUGUCUGACAUGUUGAGUCUGAGUUCGGCUGUAGCACGACAGGACGCUCUCAACCCUGCUAAACACAGAAACACCACAGCUGUCCUGGGAUGCCUGGCAGAGAAACUGGCUGGUCCGGCUAGUAUUGGAUUGUUGAGCCCUGGAACCCUUGAGUACCUCCUAGAGAGUCUGAGCUCUGAGGCCCACCCUACUGUCAUGCUGUUUGCUCUCAUCGCUUUGGAGAAGUUCUCCCAGACCAGUGAGAACAAACUGACGGUGUCUGAGUCGUGCAUCAGCAAUCGACUCGCUGUCCUGGAGUCGUGGGCAGAGCAUAUUGACUACCUGAAGAGGCAGGUUGGAUUCUGCUCACAGUGGAGCCUCGACAACCUGUUCCUAAAGGAGGGUCGUCAGUUCACCUACGAGAAGGUCAACCUCGCCAAUAUCAACGCCAUGCUCAACAGCAACGACGUCAGCGAGUACCUCAAGAUCUCCCCUACUGGACUAGAGGCACGAUGCGAUGCUUCGUCCUUUGAGAGCGUGCGUUGUACAUUCUGCGUGGAUUCCGGCGUUUGGUACUAUGAGGUGACGGUGAUUACAUCAGGCGUGAUGCAAAUCGGAUGGGCCACUAAGGACAGCAAGUUCCUCAACCAUGAGGGUUACGGGAUAGGAGACGACGAAUACUCAUGUGCGUAUGAUGGCUGCAGGCAGCUCAUCUGGUACAACGCUCGCAGUAAACCUCACUCUCACCCCUGCUGGAAGGAAGGAGAUGCCAUCGGCUUCCUGUUGGACCUCAGCAAGAAGCAGAUGAUCUUCUAUCUGAAUGGACAUCAGCUGCCGCCAGAGAAACAGGUCUUCUCCUCAGCCACGUCCGGUUUCUUUGCAGCAGCCAGCUUUAUGUCAUACCAGCAGUGCGAGUUUAACUUUGGGGCCAAGCCUUUCCGUCAUCCACCUUCUGUCAAGUUCAGCACCUUCAACGAUUUCGCUGCACUGCUGCCCAGUGAAAAGAUCAUCCUACCCAGACACCGGCGUCUGGCCUUACUAAAGCAGGUUAGCAUCAGAGACAACUGCUGCACGCUGUGUUGUGACGUCAUGGCUGACACGGAGCUGCGGCCCUGUGGACAUGGUGGUAUGUGUAUGGAGUGUGCCUUACAGUUAGAGACGUGUCCCCUGUGCCGCCAGGACAUCCAGACCCGCGUCAGACUCAUUGCACAUGUCUCCUGACAAACCUCCUGCCCCUUCUCCAGCAAGGAGAGACACACAAGCCCUACAGCCUCGUCCUCCUCAUCUAAUCCCCUCUCACCCAGCAGGGCUGAGAGGACGGUGCCACUGUGUUGUGAUGAUAAUAGAACUGUGACUUCUGGUAAGAGGAGGCGACGGUGGAGGGGCGGAGAAAAGAAAAAGAGGAGAUGAGAGGAGGGAAAUGUAAACCACAGCUGGAUCCCCAGGAGAUAUCUCCCAUUUACCUACAUUCUCCUCUUUUGUAUCCUUCUGACAACUCACUGCAGAAGCUGGGCCAGGAAUCGUCAACUUUCUACCAACAGUGUGUAUUUCAGACAGAAAGAGCAGAAGUGAGGAGCAGAAACAGUUUAACAAGAUUACAGACGGAACCAACCUCUCAUCUGCAAGCCCUUGCGUAGAGUUAUCAGACAUCCUCCCUAUGAUAUGAGGAUCCGGCUGUGCUUUCAGCCCAGAGGCUACUACUAUUUAAUCCCAUUAUUGUCAUGUACACGUCUGCAGAUCUGAAAGGGCUGGAUAGCAGAAAAGAACACGGCCUGUUUUACAGUAUUAAACCCGAGGUACAGAUACAUUUGAGGUGAAUCUCACUUUCAUGUUUUUGGGUAUAGACAUGGGAGUUAUGGUGUUCUCGAGGUAGCAUUUUCAUUCCCUUUUCUCAAGGUUAUACCAACCUCUAUCCUUUGGUCAGCUUCAUUGUCUGUACUGACUGAUCGCCCACUGGUAGGGUUUGCCAUUUGGAAAAAAGGACUCAUUGGGUAAAAUAUCAGAUUUUGUUCUUGAUGUCAGAAAGCUUUAAAGUUGCAGAAAUUAUUCCAAGAGUUGAGUUUUCGGAUUUGGUUUACAAAUGUUAAUAAUUCGCUGUGACGCCGCAGAGAACGUUAAUGACAAAAUUCUUGUUCUACAACCAGUAAAACCUACUUGAAUCUGUAUUAGAAGUUAAGCUCGGCUGACCCUGCUGCUUUUUGUGCUUUAUUGUCUUUGCUCAGAUGUUGAUAUUUCCUCAGUCUCAGUCAUGUAUGUAACAACCACAACAAAUACAUACUUGGAGAUUAGAAUUUACAGAAUUUUAAUCUGUAAAUUAAAUCAGAUGUUUCCUCCGCAGUUAUAAGUGCUUAUGUUUGAAGAGCCAGUGAGGGGGAAGUAUACAAUUGAAUUUCCACCGCCACCUUCUGAAUUAAUCUGGGAUUGCUUGAUUGGUGCUAACAAUUUAGCAACAACCUUGUAAUGCAGCUCCACCAUGAGUCAGGCUCAAUUGAGGGGCAGCAUAAGCAUAAUGUCUUAAUUUUUGUUUGUAAUGACAAACACAUGCGUCUGUAUUAAGACGACUAUUUCCAAUCCUCAAAGUGUGAUUUAAUUUUGUAUUAUAAAUGAUGGUGAACGCUGAUGUAGAAAGUUGAGAGGUACAACAGGUUUUGUUAUUGACAGUGUUGUAUUAGCCGAUAAGUAAAUUGCUUAAAACAAAUGUGAAAUGUUUAAGUGAAUCGUUUCCCCUCAAUAUCAGUUUACUAAAUAUCCCAGGGUCAUUUUUAAGAUGUUGUCAUUUUGGGUCUGAUUUGGCAGUGAAAUAUUUGACAUGAAUUAGCAAAGAAACUACCCACAACACAGUGACGUGACCUGAAGAGUGUGGGCUUCAUUACAGAAUAUAAUAUGUAUUUAUGUUUCACUUGCUACAAAUCACAGCAUACAGAUUUAUCUUGUCAAAACAAAUUUGUCAUAUUGGAAGCGUAUCUUCCAAUGUAUCUUUCAGACUGAGUAAAAUGUGGUUUCCCUUCUUGUGCUUUAUAUAACAUAUGGACAUCUCUCUGCUCUCAUUUAGCCAUUUCUCCAUCUUUCUCCCUCUGUCUUUAUAAGAACCUCAUGUUUUUUGUCUUUCUGUUUAUCCUUUACUUGAAGCAUCUCUGGGUUGAGUGACUGACAUUUGUAUUUCGGAAACAGGUGACGAAAUAUGAGAGAUUGUGAUUCAAGAUCAAUUCUUAUUGUACAAUAAUAAUUAAACAAAGUCAAUGACAUUUCAAAUUAUCACACUGAAUAUUUUUGAAUUUAUUUUGGUCAAAUUGUUUAUGAAAGAGUGACUACUCCACCAAUGCAUGAACAGGAUCUAUAAAAUUCAGACUAUACUGGAAAUAUUUCUAAAUGGUAACAUGCAUCUCUCAGUAGAACAAAAGACUGGUCUGGUCACUGUUUGCUAUCUUGUAUAUCCUGGAGCACCUUAUACUGUACAUGCAGGUGGGAGAAGUUAUACGUUUUGUCUCUACAGUUGGAGAUGAAGUUCAAGAUUGUAAAGACUAAGUUGUGGGUUGUAUUUAAAACAUCUAUAAAGGAAUUUUGCCUCAGAGUUCCCAAAGAUGUGAUUGAAGAAUUGUUGUUUCCUGGAUUGUGAUAUUUGUAAUAAAUGUAUGUUCAUGUGAUA